GCAGCAGCACCAGCAGUAGUAACAGUACUCACUUCUCACUUACCGGCUGCAUGUGAGGGAGACACUCCCGUAGAGUUAAGCACCGUUUAAUCAGUACUUUUUUUUAAUUUCACUGCAUGGAAUAACCUCUCACCCUUUUAUCCAUUUACUUUCACGCCGUUAGUUGAGCGGACUCGUGACAUUAUUGUGUUGCCUGAGUGGGAAUACACAAGUUCGGACAGUGGAGUGUGUGAUCUUCUAACCUCGGGAAUAACGUUUAUCCUUACGUCGGACACACGGGGACUAAAAUGGUUACGCGCUGAAUGAGACCAGUGCGAACUUGUUUGUAACGUGGAGGCGAGAACGCGUUUGAGAGGAGCGGCUGGCUGCAGAGUUGUACACCGGGGCAAGGUUUGAAAAGAUCCUCGUGGGAACAUGAAAAGAUUGGAAAUGGCAGGAAAAGUGCUGUAGAUUGUAUACCACAGUCUGGACUUUACCCUCAUUCUCACAAAGAGGAGCUUUCCACCAACAAAGUUGUAUCCAGAGGGAUGUGUUUUUAAACCCAUGCUGCUGGGAGGUCAAGAGGUGACGUGCCUCUGUAAGACACCACUGGAAACAAAUGCUCUGCUGCCAUGCCUCCGGGGACGGUGCGCCAUCUUUCAGUGUUAGCAGUCCGGACACUGCUGUCUCUCCUGCUGCCAACCAUUACCUGGCCCUUCAUCUCACUACCUAGUGGCAUUGUCCAAGGAUCAGAAUCCGCGUCCUCUAGUUCUUAUCCCACCUUUGUCCGGAAUGACACAGUGUUUGAGCACUUGGCCUUGCAUCCCGACCCCACCGUUGGUCGGGUGUACAUCGGGGCCCGAGAUCACUUGUUUCAGUUGGAUCGAUUCCUCCAACCUGAACUCCAGGAUGACACUGGACCUGUCACAGACAGUCGAGAGUGCUUACCUCCUGUCACCAAAACCAACUGCCCUCAGGCUAGGACCACCAGUAACCACAACAAGCUCCUGCUAGUUGAUCCUUACUCCAUGGAACUCAUUACCUGUGGGAGCGUCAACCAGGGAAUAUGUCAGAAACGUAGUUUGGAUUCUGUGGAUGUGGUACGAUUCUCCACUACAAGGCCGGUGGAUACCCAAUAUGUAGCAGCCAAUGACCCCAGCGUCAGUACUGUUGGGCUUGUCAUUAGGUCACAUCCUGCCAGGCAGCCUGUUUUGUUUGUGGGCCGAGGUUACACCAGCAGCCAUCCGCCCAUUUCCACAAGAAACCUCGCCCAGGAACCCAUCUUUUCAUACGAGGAAACUGCCAAACUGGCUGUGGCUGGCCGGCUCUCAGAAUAUGACCACCAUUUUGUUGCCUCCUUUGCCCACCAUCAGCAUGUAUACUUCCUCUUCUAUAGGCGGGACCUUAAGUCACAGUCGCGCGAGUACCGUACCUACGUGUCUCGUGUAUGUUUGGACGACCAGUCCUAUUACUCCUACGUUGAAGUACCCCUGACGUGCCGUUCUAGGUCAGGAAAAAUGUACAACUUGCUGCAAGCUGUCCAACUCGGGCUCUCCAAGGAUGGACAAGGUAGUCAAAGCGCUGAGAUUCUUCUUGGUGUCUUCUCCGCUCGUUUGGCUUCAUCUACUCGGCCCAGUGAGGACUCGGCCCUGUGCAUGUUUAAUCUUGAAGAUGUGGACCGCAGGAUUAAUGCCACCAGAGACCUGUGCUACACACAGAUGGGUAGAGAAGCAGGAGUGGAGGCAGCCUACAUUGAGUACGAAGUCAAAUCCAACUGUGCUAACCUGCCGGAGAACACUCUGGACGCCUAUCCCUGCGGCUCUGACCACACCCCCAGUCCGAUGGCCAGCCGAAUUCCCGUGGACGCCGAAACCAUAUUGGACAGCCCGUCUGCCCGUCUCACUGCUGUGUCUGUCAGUGUAAGGGCAGGACAUACGAUUGCCUUCCUGGGAGACUCCAAAGGAAACUUGCACAAGGUGUUCCUGGGGCCAAACGGCGAGGUGGAGGAAUACUCUGUCGUCUCCAUUCAGCAGAAUGUAGCUAUCAGCUCAGACCUCAUCCUCGACCAGAAAGAGGAACAUCUCUUCAUCAUGACUCACAACAUGCUCCAGAAGAGGCCUGUGGCUGAAUGCCAGCAGCACCCAGACUGCCACUCCUGCCUGCUGGCCCACGACCCCUACUGUGGCUGGUGUGUCCUGGAGGGAAGGUGCGUGUUGCAGUCAGAGUGCGCUCGUGGGAACCAGCCAGGUCAGUGGCUGUGGAGCUUUGACAUGGAGCAGCAGUGUCUGACCGUCCAGGACCUCAAGCCUUUCAACGUCAGCAGGGGGGAGAGCAAGAUGGUGUCUCUGUCAGUGCCAGGUCUCCCAGUCUUGGAGAAGCAUGAGUCCUACUCCUGCCUCUUCCAGGACAGCCCCAGCACCGCCGCCGUCACCAAAACUGGAGUCACCUGCCAAUCACCUGACAUCAGCCGAGUCCCUGCGGUGCCUCCAGGACAGGACUCUGUCACAGUCACAUUGUCUCUUCGUUUUGGCGACGUCACGGUCACAGCAAGGGAUUUCAUCUUCUAUGACUGCAUGGCUGUUAAGCAGCUGUCUGGCAGCAUGCCCUGCCGUGGUUGUGUUUUGAGCCAUUGGGGCUGUAACUGGUGUGUUCACCAGCACCUGUGUACCCACAAGCCCACCUGUGAGCAGGGGGUGAUCAUCUACAAUCAACAUUUUAAUCUCCCCACCUCAGCUCCUUACCCAACUAAACCUAUUAAAGUCAUCACGACACCCAGUACCACAACAGCUGCUCCAACAACCACCACCAUGACAACCACCACAACUCCACCCACAACAACAGAAACUGUCACCACGACACCACCAACAACAACACCAACAACAACAGCAACAACAACAACAGCAACAACCACUGAAGCCCCUGUGACUGUAGCAACCACUCCUGAGCCAACCACCCACACUGUGCCCACUAGUCCACCCACAACCCCCACCAGCCCAGAGUUGACCACCCUGCCCACCCUGCCCACCACCUUCCUCCCUCAACCUGUCGCUACCCUUGCACCCACCACUGCAGCCCCAAUUAUGUCUCCACCUCCAGAGGUCACCACCAGGAACGAAGAGGAGACGAAAGCAGGAGAGCAGGUCGCCGACGUCACCCAGAGUGACACCACAGUUGCCACAGUUACACCCACUCUUGUCAUGGCUACAGAACUGGUGCCCGUCACCACGGCUGAUCUGGAGCCUGUGAUUCCUCUGAUGAUCCCAGACACCGCCCCCCUCGAGGUGAUGACUGAGUCGCCCCCCGGAGACACCCAGGAAGCUGAAGGAGAGCUGAGCCUAGCUGAGCCUCCCACCCCAGGCUCAUCUGGCCUCCCUCUGCCCACACAAGACACUCCGACAGGAGUCCCAGAUGCUGACCCUGAGGUGCUCCUCUGGCCAAAUGGAGAAGUGGAUGCUGAUGCUGAUUUUCAGUUGGAAAAUGACACGGCCACAUUUUCAGCUGCCACUGUGUUAUCAGGCGAUGGUGAGGUUGACCAUCCCGCUCCAUCCUAUCCCCACUUGUUGGAUACUGACUCAGAGCUGGACUACCAGUAUGAUUCAACAGAUGGCUUCCUCCCGGCAGACGAGGGCUCGUACGUCAGCUGGGGUUCCUCUGCUUGUCCAUGUGUGGAGAAGAUUCAGGGUUCUUCACUGCUCCCCGUGCGAGUGGAGAGGAAGAUCACUUUGCUGGCCCACAACCUGCACCUCUAUCAGGACACAGAGCUGGACUAUGAGUGUGUGCUGGUCAUUGAAGGACAGACGGUGGUUGUGGACGCCUACGUGGAAACUGACGACAUGAAUCCAUUCAGCUUCGACAUCACCUGUCAGCUACACCAGUACACAUAUUCAGCUCCAGUGGACGAAUACAAUGCCAUGGUGUAUGUGAAGAGGAGGGACACCUUCCAUGUGGACAGCUCCAAUGAUCUUUAUGUGACUCUGUACAACUGCUCCGUGGGCCGAUCUGACUGCAGCCGCUGCCAUACAGCCGACCAGAAGUACGGUUGUGUGUGGUGUGGCACUGCUCAGGCCAGCUGCUUGUACUCGGACUCCUGCAGUGAAACUGUGCAACACACGUGUCCUGCUCCUGUCAUCAACUUUAUUGAGCCACUCUCCAGUCUGCUGGAAGGUGGUACCAUGGUGACCAUCUCAGGCUCUAACCUGGGCCAGAAGGCUGAAGACAUCCUUGACUCUGUGUUGGUAGCCGAUGUGCCUUGCACAGUCAUUAUUAGCCUCUAUGAGGUCUCGUCCAGAAUCGUGUGCAAGACCAAAGCGAGUGGAGGAGAGAAGGUGGGCUUUGUUUCUGUUAAAGUCAGCGGGGGAGAGUUUGGUCUGUCCAGCCAGAAGUUCAGCUACCAGGACCCGUUUGUGAUGGGGCUUUCACCUGAAAGGGGCCCCAAGGCCGGAGGAACCACCCUGACAAUCACCGGCCGUAACCUGCUGACAGGCCGUCCCUCUGACCUCACCAUCACCGUGGGAGGAGUGGCCUGCAAAAUUCUAUCAGAAGUGCAGGAGUCCAGUGUUCAGUGUGUGACUGGCAGCUGUAAUAAGACGGGAGAUCACCGCAUCACCCUGCAUUACGGCAGCAGCCAGCGUCACCUCCACACAUCGUCCUACCGCUACACCCACAACCCAAACAUCACCCAUGCCACCCCAGCUAAAAGUUUCCUGUAUGGCGGUCGACUGAUCUAUGUGUCGGGCCACAAUUUGGAUGUGGUGCAGAAUCCUCGGAUGGUGGUGACGGUCUCUCCCUAUGAGUCUGUCAGCCAGAGCAAAGAGAAGAAGAGGAGGAGGAGGAGGAAGAGGACAACAGUGCAGAUGGAGGAGAGAGUGAGCGUACAACCGGGAAGGAGAGUUAGGAUGGUUCCUGAUCCUGUUUGCCCUGCAGACGCACUCUGCUCUGUCAAACAAUUCAUGGAGCACUGUGACGUGAACUCCUCCUCUCUGAUUCUGUGUCGCUCCCCUACGGUGGACUCCUCUGUCUGGGGAUCAAAGGUCACGGUCGAGUUUCUUCUGGACAACCUGUGCUUUGACUUCAGCAGUUUAAACCCUCAGACUUUCAGCUACGAACCUAACCCGGUUCUACGCCGCCUGAACCAGCAGGAGCCUCUGAGGGCUUACCGCUACAACCCGGGCAGCUUCAUCCAGCUGGAGGGAGAAAACUUGGACCUGGCCAUCACUAAAGACGAGGUUGUGGUGUUGAUCGGGGAAGGCGUGUGCGCGGUGAAGACCCUGACGAGAAACCAUCUUUACUGUGAGCCGCCGCCUCAGCAGCCUUCACCUGGACCCAACGGCAAGAAACGCGAGGGCUCUGACAACCUCCCAGAAUUCACUGUCCAAAUGGGCAACCAGAACUUUUCUCUUGGUAAAGUUCUGUACGACAACCUCAGCCCGUCCACCUUCCCUCUGGAGGCUCAGAUUGGAGUUGGAGUCGGGGCGUCGAUAGUGGCCCUGAUUGUCCUCAUCAUCGUUCUCAUCUACAGGAGAAAGAGUAAACAGGCCCUGAGAGACUACAAGAAGGUCCAGAUCCAACUGGAGAAUUUGGAGACCAGUGUGAGAGACCGCUGCAAGAAAGAGUUCACUGAUCUGAUGACAGAGAUGAUGGACAUGUCCAGUGACCUGGUGGGCUCAGGAAUCCCCUUCCUCAACUACCGCAUGUAUGCCGAACGCAUCUUUUUCCCAGGCCAUCGAGAGUCUCCGCUGAGGCGAGACCUGGACGUUCAGGAGUGUCGUCGGCAGACAGUGGAGCAGGGCCUGGUGCAGCUGUCCAACCUGCUCAACAGCAAACUCUUCCUCACCAAGUUCAUUCACACGCUGGAGAGCCAGAGGACCUUCUCACCCAGAGACAGAGCCUACGUCGCCUCCCUGCUGACUGUGUCACUUCACGGGAAACUGGAAUAUUUCACUGACAUCCUCAAAACUCUCCUGAAUGACCUGGUGGAACAGUACGUGGCCAAGAACCCCAAACUGAUGCUGCGAAGGACGGAGACAGUGGUGGAGAAGCUGCUGACCAACUGGAUGUCCAUCUGUCUCUACGCUUUCCUCAGGGACUCAGCAGGAGAGUCUCUCUACAUGCUGUUCAGGGCCAUAAAGCAUCAGGUAGACAAAGGUCCAGUGGACGCCGUUACAGGAAAGGCCAAGUACACGCUGAAUGACAACCGUCUGCUGCGUGAGGACGUGGAGUACAAGACCCUGACUCUGAAUGUGUUGGUGCAGGGUGGUGGAGUGAAUGAGAGCCAGCCGGUGCCUUCCAAGGUGCUGGACUGUGACACCAUCACACAGGUGAAGGAGAAGCUGCUGGAUCAAGUGUUCAAAGGCACUUCCUUCUCCAACCGACCCCACGCCGACUCACUGGACCUGGAGUGGAGGUCUGGUGUUGCUGGACACCUCAUCCUGUCAGACGAGGACCUGACGUCUGUGGUCCAGGGCAACUGGAAGCGCCUGAACACUCUGCAGCACUACAAGGUCCCGGACGGCGCAACCGUAGCGCUGGUCCCUCGCCACAACAAACACAUUCACCAUGACAACCAUGACUACGUAGCAGGAGAGAAAACACCUAUGCUGGAGGACGCGGAUGAAGGAGGAGUGCGGCUGUGGCAUCUGGUGAAAGCCAGCGAGGAGCCGGAGCUGCCCAAACACCGCAGAGGCAGCCUGAGAGAGAGGGAGAGAGCCAAGGCCAUUCCUGAAAUCUACCUGACCCGUCUGCUGUCAAUGAAGGGUACGCUGCAGAAGUUUGUGGACGACCUGUUCACCGUGAUCCUCAGCACCAGCCGCCCCGUCCCACUCGCUGUCAAAUAUUUCUUUGACCUUCUGGACGACCAGGCGGGACAACACGGCAUCUCGGAUCCCGAGACAAUCCACAUUUGGAAGACCAACAGUCUCCCUCUGCGUUUCUGGAUCAACAUUGUGAAAAACCCUCAGUUCAUAUUUGACGUCCAGGCGUCGGACCACGUGGACGCUGUCCUCUCCGUCAUCGCCCAGACAUUCAUGGACUCGUGCACCAUUGCUGAGCACAAACUGGGACGGGAUUCUCCCAUCAACAAGCUGCUGUAUGCCAGAGAUAUUCCUCGAUACAAGCAGAUGGUGGAAAAGUACUACGCUGACAUCAGGCAGACCAUCUCAGCCAGUGACCAGGAGAUGAACUCUGCUCUGGCUGAGCUGUCCAGGAACUACUCUGGAGAGCUGAAUUACCUGGUCGCACUGCACGAGCUCUACAAGUACAUCAACAAAUACUAUGACCAGAUCAUCACAGCACUGGAGGAGGACCCCACAGCCCAGAAGAUGCAGCUCGGCUACAGGCUGCAGCAGAUCGCUGCCGCUGUGGAGAAUAAGGUCACGGACUUGUGACAGUGGAGACGACCCACACUGAGAGACUAGAAGCUGAACUGAGGAGCAGGAGAGGAGUGACUGAUAAGUGAAAUGACGGACUUUUCCUUUUUUGAGGAGAAACGGGUCAGAAGUGACCACCCAUGACUCAUUCAUUGUCCCGUUGGAGUAACUUUAAUUAAGAGGUACAUUUGUAAGCCUUUGUGUGCUUGACGCUGCUGCAUGAACGUGUGUGUGUGUGUGUGUGUGUGUGUGUGUGUGUGUGUGUGUGUGUGUGUGUACAUAUCCCUGUUUGUCAGUCUACAUCUUUCCUUUCUGCAUUGGAGUAUAAAGUGUUGGGAGUAAGUGGUUCUUAUAUCAUGGCUGUUCCUUGGAGCCAGUGAAGUGAUCAUGUUCAUGUGUCUGAGAAGGAAUCCUGCCACUCUCUACCUCGCCUGCUGCGCUGCAUUCAAAACCCUCGUUUCACGCAUUCAUUCAUUCAUUCAUUCGAUUAUUGCCCCUGUGAUCAACUCUACAAAGAUUGGAAGUGAGAACCUGCUUGGGGCAUUUUAAGGUACUUAAACCAGAUAAAGUGACACUUUACUCUGCUUUUAUACUUUGUGUGUGUGUGUGUGUGUGUGUGUGUGUGUGUGUGUGUGUGUGUGUGUGUGUGUGUGUGUGUGUGUGUGUGUGUGUGUGUGUGUGUGUGUGUGUGUGUGUGUGUGUGUGUGUGUGUGUGUGUGUGUGUGUGUGUGUGUGUGUGUGUGUGUGUGUGUGUGUGUGUGUGUGUGUGUGUGUGUGUGUGUGCGCGCGCGUGUAGUGUACAAGUCACUGGAAAGAUGCAAGAGAAAAAACAAAAACAAAAUCCUUCCUUUAAAGAAACUCAUAUUGAAGUGGAGCUCUAGUGCGUGCUGUAGUGUUUUAUUUUGUAUUUCUAUUUUGUACAUUUUAAACAUUCCUUUUAGGAUUUGAACAAAGUCUUAAAUCGUGCUUUGGCUUGUUCCACUCCAGGCUGAGGCAGUGGUACGUGUUGAUUUUUAUUUUAUUUUAUUUUAUCUUUAUUGGUAGAGAAUUGUAUUGAACACAAGGUGGCACUGCUUCCCAUGCUGAAGAUCUGUAUGGCAUUUUGUUCCAGAUCAUACUGUACCUAUACUGGUUCAGUAGGUAUAGACGACCUUGUCUGUUCUUGCUUUGGCUUUGGAGCACAGAGACUCUUUUUCAUAAAACGCUAAUGUUUGCUGAUGUUUUUUUCUUAUUUAAAUGAGAAAGUCUGAUAUUAUGGUUUUGUCUUUACAAAGUAUAGAACCCCACCCUCUGAGGGUGAAAUGGUGUAAUUUAGGUCAACCUUUAGGAUAUGUUUUUUUUUUAAAGAAAGAAGCAGAGAUUUGUCACUAUUUAUAAGAAAAUCAGACUGCGGAGAAAAACGGGGAAGAGAUUUGAGAUCUUGAACUGAAUUCACAGUGACGUGUGUCGUCCCCUCGUCCAGAAGCGCCACGUCACAGUGUAGCCCGCAUUUUUUAUCACUACACAGGCCGAUACGACUGAAAUGAACAUUUUAUUUUAUUUUUUUUAUUUUUGUCGUGUCACACACUGUCUGCUCAGAGUGGAGUGAAGCUCAGUGGUGAUUCGGACAAAAUCUGCUGAGGGAUAACUCUCAGCUGUUUUUUUUGUUUUUGUUUUAGGGCUGUAAACAUUUGUCGCUGUAGUGGAGGCUCAGUGAGGAGCAGAUUUAAUGAUGUUUCUUAUUCUGUGUGUUAACAUCAUACUGAUUUCAAAUGUAACUGUAGUGAUUUAACGUUUAAUAAAAAAAAAGGGGUGAAAAUUCUCACAUGUUGAUGUAAUAAAGUAUUCUUAAAAUGA